AUGGUCAGUCCAAAAACUGCGCAGCCAGAUAACAAUCUCGCUGGUUCCAACGUCAGCAAUGUCAAUUUGAUCAAGCCUUCUAGUACGAGAUUAAAAACAACUGAAUCGGAAACUAACGGGCAGAUUACCAUUCGAUCACCUGUAACAGCAUCACCGAGAGAAAUCUUGAUUAAUAAUGAGGAAACUGAAAAGGUUUCCCAAGAAAAUGACCCUCCCAAGAAAAUAUCACCUUCUCCUGCGCCAAUACCACCUGUAAAUAUUUGGCAG